AUGUCGACCGAACCAAAAAAACCAGAUGCAAACACCGGUACUCAAGGUAUCCCUCUAACAAGUAUUGCACCACAAGCAGGCGACAAUGCAAACCGUCGUUAUGAAAUCGUUGAACGUGGUCAAUUACACACUCUCAACUAUCGUUGUUAUUUUCGCGAUGUGCAAACAAAGGCAAUCGUUUCACCUUUUCAUGACAUUCCACUCGUUAACGAACAAUACACGUCAACAGCAAAUGGAACUACCGUCUAUAAUAUGAUCGUUGAGGUACCGCGAUGGACAAAUGCUAAAAUGGAAAUAAACAAACAAUUGAAAUUAAAUCCAAUCGUUCAAGAUGUCAAGAGUGGCAAACCUCGUUUUGUGCACAAUGUGUUCCCAUAUCAUGGUUAUUUAUGGAAUUAUGGUGCAUUACCCCAAACAUGGGAAGAUCCGAAUCAUAUCGAUGAAGAUACAAAAACUACUGGUGAUAACGAUCCAUUAGAUGUCUGUGAAAUUGGUACUAGCCUACAUGCAACUGGUUCGAUUGUACCAGUUAAAAUCGUCGGUGUUCUCGGCUUAAUUGAUGAAGGCGAAACUGAUUGGAAAUUAAUCGGUAUUGAUGUCCGCGACAAACUCGCUUCACAAAUCAACGAUAUAAACGAUGUUGAGAAAUAUCUUCCAGGUUUACUCGAAGCAACACGACGUUGGUUCAAAUACUACAAAGUUCCAACAGGUAAACCUCCAAACAAAUUCGCUCUUAACGAACAAUAUGCUGAUCGCGAUUACGCUCAACGUGUCAUCGAUGAAACACGCAAAUACUGGGUAAAAUUAGCAAGUGGAGAAACGAAAGUUGAAGAGAAGGUUUGCUCGAUCGCAAAUACAACAUUGAACAACAAUGGUACAAUCAAUAAAGAAGAUGCCGACAAAAUCGUCGAAGAUAAUGAAAAAUACAAUGAACAACCAGCGAAAAUCGAUAUUACCGUUCACAAUUUAUCAUACGUGCAAGAUAUUUAA